AUGCGAAGUGGGUUUUUUUUCGGCUACCUGGCGCGCACCGAGGUAUGGGCGUCGAUGUACAACAACUGCUGGAAGCCGACUUGCAGCGGCAAGAAACCGGACGAUUUGGCGACGCUGUUGCACCAAGAGGCCCGCGUGAGGGAGUUGAUCAUCAAGCAGCAGAUCGAAGAGAAGCGCGAAGAGAAGGAAACGGAGCGGUUGAAGAAGAAGGAGAAGAGCAAACGGGACGACGACGAAUGA